CCAUGGAUUUAGUCUCCACGAAAAUCCUAGUGGCCGUCCUCUUCGGACUCCUCCGGUUUUUCUUCGGGAUUCUCCCGGUGAAAAUCUACAAGUUGCUGUUGCACUGGGAGGGUCAAGACGACUCCGAGCACUUUAUAAACAAGCGACGCCACCAGCAGGUCACGUGCACUCUAGCCCUAUGCCAGUCCUUCGGCGGGGGCGUCCUCUUCGCCACUUGCAUGCUCCACAUGAUGCCCGAAGUGUACAAAUCGGUGGAGGAGUUGAAACAAUUCGGAAAUGUCAACACCGAUUACCCCCUCUCGCAGAUGACCAUUUCGGUGGGCUUCUUCCUGGUGUACUUCAUCGAGGAGUUGUCCCACUGGUUCGUGACCCACGUCCCCGACGAGGCGUGCGAGAAAACGACCCGAUCGGCGACCCCCUCGUCCACUAAAGUGGCCCCCAAGAGCGCCUUCACCAACGAGGAGAAGAAGGAAGUUCCGUUCAUCGUCGACGAGUAUGAGAAACGGCCGAAAUCGGCCGCUUCAGACACUUACAGUCUCACUGCCCAAGUCAUCGCCGAAAACGAGAAAAACCAGGAGAAAAGCGUCGAUCUUGACUCGGAGCUUGAGCGAGUCGAGUCGGCGAAAUCCUCGGUGGAGAAAGCCGUCAAAAGCAAGCAACAAAUCAUGAGAUAUGUUCUAGUUGUCGUCGCUUUGUCGUUUCACGCGAUGUUUGAAGGCCUUGCCAUCGGCCUCCAACACAGUAUUGCCAACAUUUGGUACUUGUUUGUGGCUGUUUCCAUCCACUCGGCUACGAUUUUGUUUUACAUUAGUCUAGAAUUAGUUUUGGCUAAAACUGAACUGAGACGGAUUCUCACCCACGUCACUAUUUUGUCGGUGACGAGUCCAGCUGGAGUCCUUUUGGGACUCUUGAUCACGCAAAAAGCAAACAUGAAUACUCAAGCCAAGUCCACGGCGGUUGUGCUACUCGAAGGCCUCUCAGCCGGCACUAUUUUAUACAUUACUUUUUUCGAAGUUUUGAACAGGGAGAAAGAACGAAGAGCGUGGACGAUAAGACGAGGGGCGUGUAUUUUAGGGGGUUUUGUACUUAUGGCGCUUUUGCAGUGUGCAGAAAUGUAUAUAGAAUGA